GGGUAUAUAAGCGCGCGCAGGGGGCCCGCGCGACGCUCUUCUGCCUCAGUACGAGUAGAGUUGUGUUCACGUGUGGUUGUGUGCGAUUCCUCUUUCCCUGAAAUAGGCCACACAACCUACUUCCAUUCCGUGAAACUAACUCUCCUUAGAAAAACCCAAAAAAAGUAAAAAAAUCUUCGUAAAAAAACGCAUACAAAAAAAUCGCAAAACCGUAAGGCGAGAAAAACCGUCGUAACCUCGGGUAACAGCGUGGUGUAAAAAAAAAAGAAAAAAAGAAAGUGUUGAGUACGAGAGCCGGAGUGCGGAACCGUCGACGUCGUCAAGAGGAUAACGCAGACGGAAGGUCCAUCUCUACCCAACAGGCACACGCGAAAAAAAAUUCUCCACCCAGAGAGAGGCACGCACGAGGCAGAAGCGGAAGAUAAAAAUAAAUAAAAAAAAAAAGGAAAAACAGGGAAACGUGCACGAGAGAGACCGCGUUGCGAGCUUGCGAGCGCACCAGGUCUUCGGGGGACAAGCCAUAUUUUGCGAGGCGCUGCGAGGUAGACGGGACGAAGGGAAAUCCGUGUCGCGGUGUAAAAGGAGGAAAAGCAUCUUGCUAAUCUGCCCCUUCCGGGCGUGACAAACACGUGAUACUCCGCAGUAACCGUCGCCGCCAUGAAUCCCGGUGCGCCCAACUACCCCAUGGCCUCGCUCUAUGUGGGCGACCUACACACCGACAUCACCGAGGCGAUGCUGUUCGAGAAGUUCUCGUCGGCUGGGCCCGUGCUGUCGAUACGCGUAUGCCGCGACAUGAUCACCCGCCGCUCGCUCGGCUACGCAUAUGUCAACUUCCAGCAACCGGCUGAUGCCGAACGCGCCCUUGAUACCAUGAACUUCGACAUGAUAAAAGGACGGCCUAUUCGGAUCAUGUGGUCUCAGCGCGAUCCCUCCCUACGCAAGUCGGGCGUCGGAAAUGUAUUUAUUAAGAAUCUAGACAAAAAUAUAGACAAUAAAGCGAUGUACGAUACAUUUUCCGCGUUCGGUAAUAUAUUGAGCUGCAAGGUUGCGCAAGACGAAUCGGGCGCGUCAAAGGGCUAUGGCUUUGUACAUUUUGAAACGGAGGAAGCGGCUAACAAAUCUAUCGAUAAAGUCAACGGGAUGUUACUGAAUGGCAAGAAGGUAAAGGUGUACGUUGGCAAAUUCAUCCCGCGUAAGGAACGCGAGAAAGAGUUGGGCGAGAAGGCCAAACUGUUCACGAAUGUCUACGUGAAAAACUUCGGCGAGGACAUGACCGAAGACAAGCUGAGGGAUAUGUUCGAGAAGUACGGGACCAUUACAAGCCACAAAGUGAUGAGCAAGGACGACGGCAAGUCACGUGGCUUCGGAUUUGUCGCGUUCGAGGACCCGGACGCUGCCGAGCAGGCGGUGAUCGAAUUGAACGGCAAGGAGAUCUCCGAGGGCAAGUGCAUGUACGUCGGACGGGCCCAGAAGAAGGCCGAGCGCCAGCAGGAGCUCAAACGGAAAUUUGAGCAGCUGAAGAUCGAGCGUCUGAAUCGAUAUCAGGGCGUGAAUUUAUACGUAAAGAAUCUGGACGAUACGAUCGACGACGAGCGUCUGCGUAAAGAGUUCACGUCGUUCGGCACGAUCACGUCCGCGAAGGUGAUGCUGGAGGAUAGCCGUAGCAAGGGUUUCGGCUUCGUGUGUUUCUCGCAGCCGGAGGAGGCCACCAAGGCGGUUACCGAGAUGAACGGGCGCAUCGUAGGUUCUAAGCCUCUCUAUGUCGCUUUGGCGCAACGCAAGGAGGACCGUAAGGCGCAUCUCGCCUCUCAGUACAUGCAGCGUAUGGCGAACGUGCGCAUGCAGCAGAUGGGUCAGAUAUUCCAACCCAGUAACGCCGGCAGUUACUUCGUGCCUACGCUGCCGCAGCCGCAGCGAUUCUACGGACCCGCGCAGAUGGCGCAGAUCCGCGCGACUCCACGCUGGCCGGCGCAGCCGAAUCAAGUGCGACCGAACGCGCAGACUGGCACCUCCGGGUUCGCGUCUAUGCAGGCUGCACCGUUCCGUGGGACGCCGCGCGCUCCCGCAGCCCAGGCUGCCGGCUUGCGUAACAGCAUGUCCGCCAGACCUAUCACAGGUCAACAAGCAGUUGGCGGCGCCAACAUGCAGAACCGUUCCAUGGGCGGUCCCGCUGUUGGUGUAUCGUCCGGUCAGAGCCGUCCGCCGAAUUACAAGUACACCGCGAAUAUGCGCAACCCGCCGCAAGCGGCCAUGGCUCUGUCCGCAUCGAGCGGUCCUACUGUGCAGCAGGCGGUUCACAUCCAGGGUCAGGAACCGCUCACCGCGUCGAUGUUAGCCGCGGCGCCGCCGCAGGAGCAGAAGCAAAUGCUAGGGGAACGGUUAUUCCCUCUGAUUCAAUGCAUGUAUCCGCAACUGACCGGCAAGAUCACCGGUAUGUUGCUGGAGAUCGACAACAGCGAGCUGCUUCACAUGCUGGAGCACAGCGAGUCGCUGAAGGCCAAGGUCGAGGAGGCCGUGGCCGUGUUACAGGCCCAUCAGGCGAAGCAGGCGGUCGCGACGAAAAAGGAAUAAGCGCCAGCAUCGGAUAUACCUUAUUUAUAAUUCGUGAGAAUAAAUUUUCGAUUGUUUUGAAUUUGAUUGGAUGUAUAUCGCAAUGUUAUCCCUUCAUUUAUUUUUACUUUUCUGAAUUCACGCAAUUUAAUCGUCUAAUUAUCGUUUAUGUAAUGGCUUUACUUUCAAAGACGUAACCGGCGGCAUUCAAAGUGACUGUCGUUUGGGAAGAUAAUGGGAAUGUAUUCUCUUUUCACGAUUCAAAAUUUUAGGAAGGAAAACCCUCCGUUUCGGAUACGGAGAGAAAGAGAGAGACACACAAAAUAAUUGUUUCCCCCAACGUUUAUUUAUCGAGAGGAGAAGCGCGAAAGGGUUUCCAUUCCUAAAAUUUUACGAUAAUAAAUUUUUCUUUCAAAAUAUA